UGCACGUAUGUGUGCACACACGUAUGCGCGAGCCACUCGAUAAACGUCGUCCGUUCGAUCGUCGUCGCCGCCGCUGUCGUAUCGCCGCGCAUUAUCUAAUAAGGUGUUUUUUUUUUUUUGUUUUUUUUUAUCUCGGCUCGGGUCUACUAUACCGUUCACUUGCGUGCGCCACGGCAGUCCACCGCAACAUUUUCAGGUACCUACCGCGUGCGUGAUAAUCGUUAGACACGAAGAAAAAAAAAAAAUUCGCAACACAUCUCUCCAUCACUCCACCGCAGGAGUUUUAUAAUACCGUUAAAAGUGCGUGCGUGCGUGUGUGUGCAUCUGAAAAUCAACCGAAUCCGCUGCUAAACGUGUAACGCAAUAAUAAUCAAUAACAAUAAUUGUGUACGAAAACCGAAAUCGAUCCGCGUUAAUUUUUCGUCCCGGUCGCGCGCGAGAGACAAAGAGAUACAGAGUGAAAGAGAGGAAGAACGUUAGUUCGAAACGCGUCCAUCACAUCUACAUAAUCCGUGUCUGCGAGAUUUUCUAGGUUUUUGAUUUUCCGUUUUGACUUUUCGAUCCGACGUCGAUUUCAAAUAUUAGUCCAUCUAUGCGGAAACUCGUGCAACAAACUUACGAAGUACCAGGGACGUGAUGGGUUUGGAUUUCUUGGACAAUGGUUCCAUUUUCGAGCACGCCAUAACGUGCGCAGAAUUUGGCAAAUUCCACUAUUUCUUGUUGGCGCUAUGCGGUCUCAUCUACUUGAACUGUGCCAUAUCUGUGAGCGUCGUAUCUUUCGUAUUGCCAUCGGCACAAUGUGACUUCAGUCUGAGUUCCACGGACAAAGGGCUCUUGAACGCCAUACCGCUGUUGGGCAUGCUCCUAGGAGCGUACUUUUGGGGAUGCCUGGCUGAUAUGCACGGACGGAAGAAAACUCUGAUAGCGGCGCUGCUGAUGGACGGUAUUUUUAGUUUGGUAUCCAGCGUCCUUACUUUCUUUUGGCCAUUUUUGUUCUGCCGUUUCUUCAGUGGUUUCGGACUUUCCGGAUAUCUGGGAAUUUGUUUCCCAUACUUGGGUGAGUUCCAGCCAAAGAUCUACCGAGAAAAAGUGCUGUCCUGGUUGGAAAUGUUUUGGACGGUCGGCAUCAUAUUGGUGCCACUGAUCGCUUGGGCUAUCAUCCCGAUGACGGCCAAUUACGACAUCGGAAUUUUCCGGUACUCAUCUUGGAACAUAUUCCUGACGCUGUGCUCGUUGCCCAGCAUCAUACUGGCCCUGUGGCUUACCCGAUUCCCAGAAAGUCCGAAAUUCCUGUUGGAGUGUGGCGAGUUCGACGAGGCGCUCGAUUGUUUGAAACGGAUCUACACGGAGAACACGGGAGAACCCGGAGACGCUUAUCCAGUCAGAAGUCUCAUCGAGAACGAAGUCCGGUGCAGCGUGAUCAGCAUACAAUCAAAACGGUCGUUGCGCAGCGUGAAAACGGUCAAGACGUCCAAGGACCUCAAGAACUUGCUGAAAGAAGUAUGGUACCAGACCAAGGAGAUGUUCAAGCCACCGCAUUUGAAAAACACAGUUCUCACGUGUCUCAUACAGUUCGGACUGACAUCCAGUUACUACACGCUGAUGAUGUGGUUCCCGGAGCUGUUCAACAGAUUCGAGACGUUCGAAACCCAUCAGCCCGGCAUGGACGCGUCCGUGUGCCAAGUGUCGUCCGUGUACAUCGAACAGGACGGCGCGUUGAACACGGCCGACCUAUGCGGGUCGGCAGUCGGAGGGACCGUGUACACUCACACCCUGUGGAUCGGUGUGGCGUGCAUACCCAUGUCGUUGCUGAUGCCUCUAUGCGUGCAUCGGGUCGGCGCCAAGUUCUUCUUAGUGAUGUGCCUGUUCGUGUCAGGCGUCGCGUCCGCGGCGCUGUACUUCGUGAAAAACUCUCUGCAGAACCUCGUACUGUCGUGCGUGUUCGAAGCGUUCAGCAGCCUGGGAAUCAGCGUGUUGCUGUGCAUCAUGGUCGAUCUAUUUCCCACCAACAUGAGAGUAAUGGCAGCCGCGGCUUCAGCGACGUUCGGUCGUCUCGGAUCGUUGAUCGCCAACAUCAUAUUCGGGCUGCUCAUAGACUCACACUGCAUUCUGCUCAUCAUCAUAUUCAGCUCGUUGUUGAUAGUCAGCGGUCUCCUGUCUUUGGCCCUGCCGAACGGCGACGGAAAGGACUUGGACUGACCCUGCACGCCCUUCGUCACCGUGCUGCAUCGCAUGUACCUGCGUACAAGAUCGCGCGCCGCUAACAGUUACCGGACCAUCGAAUGUUUUUCACCGUCCGCGACCGUGCACGACCACACACUCCAUACACGGACGAUCGUCGCCGCUUCCACGAGCACCUGUGCACAAAUCCGCCGUCCGUUCGCAAAAGACUCGGACGCAUGCUCCGCUCCGCUCAUCGGCCAGAGAUGGAAGUACCCGUCCACCUGUUGCGUUUCGUGAUGCCAUUAUGCUCGUACUGGCCGGUGCACACAAAUCGAUAACGUCCGGUCAACGUGGAACGAUUGCCGUCGGUACAUGUUUGUUUAGAAAAAAUUUAAUAAUUAUUUGUAAGUUUUUAACUUAAAUAUAACGUGACAACUGUUCUUGUUUUCGUA